GACACACUGGCUCAGCACUUUUGUGCAUAAGUGUGCAUAAGGCUGAUGUGUGUGUGCAUGUGGCCACGUGUGAAUCUGAAAUAUUUAUGAGUACACAGUCUCAGUCUUCCCUGGCGGGCCGUCCUGUGAUCCAGAGUGUGUGAGAGUGAUCGGGUGCGUGUGUGUUUCUCAGCAGUGAUGGGAGACAGGAGUGUCACGCAGCAGCAGAAACAGCAGCCUCCUUACGAUGGACUGUGCAACUACGCCCAAAAGAUCACUUCCUGCUUCGGGCUCGAUGUGGCCCACACACAAGAAACUCACCAUCAGACAGAAAAGCCUUUGGUUCGCUGUGCUAAAUGUGGAGAGGUGUGCAAAGGAGAAGUGUUACGAGUGCAGGCCAAACACUUUCACAUCAAGUGCUUUACAUGCAAAGUAUGCGGCUGCGAUCUGGCUCAGGGAGGAUUUUUCAUGAAGAAUGGGGAAUACAUGUGCACCCUGGACUACCAGCGCAUCCAUGGCACCCGCUGUAACAUCUGCGGAGAGUUCGUGGAGGGCGAGGUGGUGACGGCGCUCGGAAAGACCUACCACCCAUCGUGCUUUGUGUGCACGAUCUGCAAGAGGCCGUUUCCUGCUGGUGAUAGAGUGACAUUCAAUGGCAAGGACUGUUUGUGCCAGUAUUGUGCCGAGCCCAUGUCUCCAGGUCCCACCAAAGAAAUCAAAGGACCCAGCAGUUGUGCGGGCUGUGGCAGGGAUAUUAAGAACGGUCAGGCUCUGUUGGCUCUGGAGCGUCAGUGGCACUUGGGCUGUUUUAAAUGUAAAGCUUGUGCCAAAGUACUGACUGGAGAGUACAUCAGCAAGGAUGGCGCCCCCUACUGUGAGAGAGAUUAUCAGGUCCUGUUCGGGGUGCAGUGUGAAGCCUGUCAGCAGUUCAUCACUGGUAAAGUUUUGGAGGCAGGAGACAAGCACUAUCAUCCCAGCUGUGCCCGCUGCAGCAGGUGUAAUCAGAUGUUUACAGAGGGAGAAGAGAUGUAUGUGCAAGGAUCAACAGUUUGGCAUCCAAGCUGUAAACACUCACCUAGAGCAGAGGACAGACCGAGGCCGACACGCUCAUCGUCUGAGAGUAUAUGUUCCCGACCUGGUUCAAGCAUACCUGGCUCACCGGGUCACACUUUAUAUGCAAAAGUAGACAAUGAGAUCCUUGAUUACAGAGAUUUAGCAGCCAUUCCCAAAGUCAAAGCCAUUUAUGACAUUGAGCGUCCAGAUCUGAUCAACUAUGAGCCUCUUUAUACCACAUCACUGGAUGAGUCGGAGGAAAGAGAGAGUGUGGGAGAGCUCCAGAGCUCCAGGAGAGAGUGUUCACCCAAGCCAGAUGACAGAACCAGGUCACCUACACCGACUGAUGGUUAUUAUGAUAUGAGAGAACGCAUUCUCCAUAGGUCUACAAGUCAGGGCUCCAUCGGCUCACCCAUUUACAGCCGCUACAAUUACACACCAGCCCUGUCUCGCUCACCACAACACUUCCACAGACCUGGCACUGAGCCAUCCAGCGGUCGGAGUUCUCCAGGUGCCAGCACCCCUCCUCUCUCUCUGACCCCUAAACAUUUUCACCUGCCAGAUCAAGGGAUAAACAUCUAUAGAAAACCACCGAUCUACAAACAAUACGCCCAGAGCAAGUCGGCUGAUGACAUCAUCAAAUCGGCCAAAUUCCCCUCAGCGUACGCCCCGGGUCCAGACAGCCCAGCAAAGACAGAGACCGACAACUGGUCCUUCCACAUCUCUCAUGCUGUCUUAGGGACAGACGGGAGGAGAAGAUCGAGAGAAGAAGAUGAGUUGGAGCAGCACAAACGCAGACAGCUUCAGGAGGAACAUCUCAACAAAAUCCAGUCUGGUUUAGGGAAAAUGAUUCUUAAGGAGGAGAAGGAGAAAGAGAUGACCCGCGAGCAUCACCCACGGAGCCAGUCAGCACAACGCCACGACCCUGAUCAAUCUAAUGCUAAUGCAGAUUCACCCUCUAAAACGGGCUCAUUGCCUGGAUAUGGACGAAAUGGACUGCAUCGGCCUCAAUCGACUGACUUCACUCAGUAUAACAGUUAUGGGGAUGUUUGUGGUGGAGUGAGAGAAUUUCAGUAUGUGCAGGAUUACCAUCGGUCAGCCACCAGAAUGGACAGAGGAGUGUCGAUGCCCAAUAUGCUGGAACCAAAAAUAUAUCCGUACGAAAUGCUCAUGAUAACCAGCCGAAGUCGCUCGAAACUGCCCAGAGAUGUUGACAGAACUCGACUAGAGCGCCAUCUGGCUCCAGAGAUGUUCUUUGAAAUCUUUGGGAUGGAAAUUCAGGAAUUCGACCGCUUACCUCUUUGGAAACGUAAUGAACUGAAGAAGAAAGCCAAACUCUUUUAAGCAGGAUAUAAGGCAUUUACAUUAUGUAUCAUGUAUGUUUUAAUCUCUCUUGUUCGCUCUCUAUGGACGUCAAAGCUAUAAUCCAAAACUAUAGCCGCAGAAAAUGUCAGUGCAGAAAUAUCAUCAGUUUGUUUUGAUUGAAGGGUCUUAACAUAUAUACAUAUAACAGUAGUUUUGUCUCUAUCAUUUCCCCGAUCCAAAAAUAAGUCUUCCUCAUGUUCUUCAUUUUUGUAGGAUAUCUUAGUAAAUUUUACUCAUGCAGGUAAGAAUGUUGUCUUAUAAUCUGAAUCAUUGUAAGUUACACUGUCAGAAAAAAAUGGUUAGAAAUGAUCCCUAGCUAUCACUGGGGCCGUUCCCCCUUCAAAAUGUACACCUUUUUACUUAAAGAGUUCAUAUUAGUACCUCAAAGGUACAUAUUGGGAUGUAUACAUAUCUGUACCUAAAAAAGGAAUGAUAUAGCAUUGUUCGAAACUAUGUUCAUGUAACAUAAAAGCUAGAGGGGCAGAUUCAAAUCUGCCCAUAUGGCUCCCUAUGAGGUCUCACUGCAUUUCCAUUUUUCACCACAAAUUUAAAUGUGAAAAAUGUGGGGGCGCUGUUGAGCUCGAUCAUCAUACAAACAGUAGCCAACCGAGCCAUGCGCUCAAUUUCCAAACAUAUUCAUCUCACUUUACGUAGUCAAUAAACUCUGAGAAUAUUUGUGGAAAAAUAUUACACACAUUUACGAUUUUUUAAGAGUUUUGUAUUUUUAAGCAGAUUAAUAUUUUGGUGGGGCACUGCCCCAUUUGCCCAUAAAGACGAACUGCGCCUGUAUUAGGACCUGUUUUUAAGGGUUCUGCCCCAGUGACAACUUGGGACCAUUUGGUGUAUAGUCUGUUUAGUGUCCCACUAAAAAAUUUAGUUUUCUUCACUUUUCGUUCAGGGGAUGAUUGUAGAUGCUACGCUGUGUGUGCCUGUGUCUCUUUGUACCCGUUCAUGUAAAAGUUUCAUAUGCUUUUUAACUUAAUCCAUAUUGCCACUAAUCCAUAUAUUUACCCUGUACUAUUGUACCAGCCUCUGGAUUUAUUAAAGAAAUAGUUUACACUGAAAUGAAAAUUCUUUCAUUAUUUACUUCCCUCAAAUAAUUUUAGACCUGAACGUUAAGGGGCUGAUGUUUGGACAGGGCUUAAGCCUAGUCUAAAACUAAAAUACUUGUUUGUAGCGAAAAUAACUUGCACUUACAUAUCUUAAAAUAUAUCCGUGCCAUUGUUAUGUCUCAAGAUGCACACCAGUAAUGUUUUUUUUUUUUAAGGUAUGUUUGUCCUAAUAUAACUAGGCCUAGUUCAGGUUUAAUCUAGGAAACCGCCCCUAAGUGUUUUAGGAUGAAUAAACACCAUAUGGGCUUGAAAGGACAUGAGGGAGAGUAAACAAUGACAGAAGUUAUAUUUUGGGGGAACUGUGCAGUGUGUUGUUUGUAUCCGGUGCAGAAGUAACACACUUCAUCUGUCUGAUUCUACUGCUGAUCUUCUGUCUCUUAUAUACUGUAUAUUUAAAUGACACAAUACAAAGUUAAGGUAAAAAAUGAACUGCAUUUGACUUUUUGAUGAAGAGUUUAAACGCGCACUGCCAACUGUAUUUCUGAAUAACAGGAAAUAUUUUAACUUGGAAAAACCAAAAGGAAAAGAGCUUCAGUUCCCAGCAGUUUUAAAAUAUAUCUUCAUUAAUCAAAUCUGACAGAUUACUGUAUUGUGUUCAGUCCUUCAUGCACAGUUCACUGGAAUUACGGGCAUUGAAUUUGUAGCAGGACCAAAUCAAAACAGAAACUCGGAUGGAAACAUUCCCAUUAAACACAAACAAAGUAAAAUGACAGGUUUGAAUAAAAGAAAUAGAUCCGCUUCCUCUGUCUCUCUCUCUUUCUCACACAUGAGCAUAUAAACAUAACCAAUAAAAAAAAAUCAUACCGCACACUGCCACAAAAAAUGGUCCCAAGUUAUAACUGGGCAGGUACCCUUCACAUAUAUAUAUAUAAAUAUAUAUACACACACACACACACACCAUUUAGGCACAGAUAUAUAUAUAUACAUUUGGUAACAAUAUGUAUCUUUGAUGUACUAAUAUGAACUCUUUAGAUGCAAAGAUGUACUUUUUGAAUACCACCCCAGUGACAGACCAUUUUUUAACAUUUUUCCUGACAGUAUACUGAAUCAAAUUGUAAAAUUUUUAACAUAUGGACAUUGUUUCCUUUUUUUUACAAUAUUAAGUGGCCAUGGUGUAAAUAAUUGUACUAUUUUAGUGUGGGAAGAUUGCACAGGCACUAAAUGUAUCAUUUUAAUAUCAUGGUAUUCAGGUUAAAUGAUGCGUAUAGGAGCAUCGAAUUUUUAUUUCACAUAUAUUCAACAUAUGUUUCACAAAUAAUGCUUUGAUGAGUUUCAUAACACCAUGAAUCAGUAAUACUUUUAAUCUUAGUCAUUAUAUAUUGUGAACAAUAACAUUCAUAUCAAAGAAAACUGUUUCCAGAAAUUAAGGAAAAAGAGGAUAAAAACAACAACAACAAAAACCAACAGAAAGGGUAUGCAUUUAUACUCAAAAUAAAGAGGAGGAAUUUAAGU